AUGUCUAGUGAGGCAAAUGCCGCCGCCGCCGCUGUGGAGUCUGCCGGCGCGGGGAAAAGCGAGGCGGCGGCGGACGGGCAGUCGCGCAGGCGGCCAAAGCGCAAGGUCGCGAUUAUUUUUGGGUACGUGGGCGAGCGCUACUGCGGCCUGCAGUGGAACCACCUGCCGGACUACCCCACCAUCGAGGAGGAGCUGCUGCGGGCACUGCACCGCACCGACAUGAUUUCGAAGGAGAACUACGAGCAGGAAAAGGUGCAACAGAAGCUCAACUGGGACCGUGCUAGCCGCACGGACAAGGGGGUCCAUGCGCUGCGCAACGUGAUUUCACUUAACGUCAUGCUUCCCUACGCGAAGGGUUCCACCACGGAGUACGACACGGAAGAGGCCAGGCGUCUGUUAAUGGCAGUUCUGCCACACGACAUUGUGGUGUAUGAACUUGUUCCGGUUACGCGUAGCUUCAACGCCUACAUGUUGUGCGGAGCACGCACCUAUGAGUACUACUUACCAACCUUUGCCUUUAUGGGCCCGGAGGAAUACAGUCGCGAGUACUUUCCGCCGGCGCUUGCCCCGUCACGCCCCACCCUGGAGGAGGUGGGAUUCCCUGGCGUGACUUCUGCACGCCCGAGAGCCACAAGAGCGGAAGAGGCACCGACGUCUGCCCCGUUGGGAAAGAAGCGUCCGCGCGGGGUGGAGGCGAAAAAGGAGGGAGAGGCGCAGGUGAACGGCGACGACAGUGCUGUGGCGAGCACGAAAGGGGAUGGCGGGGCAGGUGAAAGGGGAGAAAAGGUGGAGAGGCGAGAGGAGCAGCAAAUGGUGAUGGGCGAUAGCGGCGAUGACACCGUGCAAAAGUUUCACGACGGCCUUUUUGAGAAGCUGUUGGUGUUUCACACCAUCCCUGAGGACGCCAUGCGGCACGUGUCGCAAUACCGCCUUGCGCCCGAGCGACUAGAACACGCACGCAGUAUUUUCCGCCUCUACGAGGGAACACACUCGUACCAUAACUUCACGCCUGGGGGCCAGGCAAGUGACCCUGCAUCUAUGCGCUACAUCACCUCCGUGACGGUGGGGGAUCCGUUUGUUGUUGACCCCGCGGAUGCUGCUGUGGCGUCAGCCCUGCAGCAGUGGACGCCGUCACGAUGCUACUCCCCAGACGGCGAAGAGCUCUUGACGCAGGGAGAGAAGGAUGAGGCUAGUGUUGAGAAGAAGCGGGAGCAGAUGCGAGAGCAUAUGCUGCGCGUGUACCUUUCUGCCUCCUGCGAAGGGACGAAAAGUGGCGCCCCGGCCGGUCUUGAGGUGGUGCGAAUUGAGCUGCAUGGACAGAGUUUCAUGCUUAACCAAAUCCGAAAGAUGAUAGGAGCCGUUAUCUCCAUCUGCGUCGCUGGUUUGCCACCAGAGCAUUUGCGCGAGCACCUCUUGAACAAGGCAGUGCGCUGUGGCGUGCCCAUGGUGCCAGCGAAUGGUCUCUUUCUCGCCUACCUUGAUUUCCAACGGUACAACUACCGUCUCGAUCGCAUCCAGAGCCAAGGUGGCAACGGUUCUGGAAAGGGCGGCGUGUAUGUGGACCGCGUGAACAAGGGUGCCGUGGAAGAAUUUCGUCGCAAAAUUGUUGCUGUCGUUUUGCGCAAUGAGAUGGUGAGCGAUGUGAUGGGGCGGUGGAUGCGCUCACUGCGACACGUGCUACGGCUUGCAUGCGGUAUUGAGCUACCGUAA